CGACAAAAUGGACGCACCGAUGCUGGAGCAGCUCGAGAUCAUCCGCGACGAGCUCCAGUGCUUCAUCUGCAAGCGCGUGCUGGAAGACCCGCAGUGCUUGACAUGCAACCACAACUUUUGCAGGGUCUGCGUCGAGAACGAGCUGCGCAAGGCCGUGUCCAAGUGCGCGCGCUGCUCGAUCCCGAUCCGACCGACGGACGUCCGGCGCAACCAGUUUCUCGACGGCCUUGUCGCCGAGUGGAAGUUUGUCGAAGCCGCCAUCGACGCGAGUCGCCCGAGUAGCGCCAAGCGCAGGCUCUCGAUCGAGGACGAGCCGUCGCCACAGAUCCAGGCGGCAGCGUCGUUGCCUCCCGCCACCACGUUGCCUCACGCCAUCACGUUGCCUCCUGCGCCUGCGUCGCCAAGCUCGUCCUCGCCCCAGUCCGAGAGUCUCGAGACCGAGUCGCCCGAGCUGUACCCGAUGCUUCCCACGGUUCCCACCGCCAACCCCUUGAUCGUCGCCGAGCGACAAAGCGCGUUGAUCAUCGCAACACCGCCGCCAGCUGCUGUCGAGGAACCAAGAAACCUGAUUCGACCGGUCGAUGCGGCCCAGGAAAGGCCAAGCCCGGCGCGGACGGUGGCAUCGACACCGGCGACACCACCAAAUGCACUUGCCCCGCUCAUGACGACGCCCGAAAUCCGGACGUACAUGGAUCACCUUCGGCUACUAGGUCAGAACGUCGACGACGGCUCGCAAGUGUCGGUCGCGGGGGCUCUGGACUUUUCCGCGGCGAGUACCCCCUCGAAUUCCUUUCCCCCCGAGUCCGAACUUGCUCCACCGAGCCAGUUGCGUCGCGGCAUUGCGAUGCCCCAGAGUCCUAUCGUGUCGUCGAUACCCGUACCGCCUGCAGCACCGCCGACAUUGCCCAUGGCAGAUGCACCACCGUCGAUCGCUGCCAACGUAGCGGAGCCAUCGGCAUCGACUCCACCACCAGCAGACGCCCUGCCACCCAACACAAAGUCGAUCAUCUUGGUACCCAAGUCACCACCGACCAAGCGUGCGUUCUCAACCACACCGGUGACGCUGCAUGCGGUCAUGGUUCCCUCGACGCAGCCAAUGUCUCCCGAACCACCAAGCCCCGUCCCUCGCCCGCAAGACGAUGCAGAUGCUGAGGACGAUGACGAAGAAGCUGUCGACGAGACCGAGCGACAGACGACGUAUGACCCGUGCAUGGAAGAAACCGAGGUGCCGGUCCAUGCCAUGUCGCAGUCGCAGCUCUGCAGUGAGCUGCCCGAGGCCAUUCCAGCACCCGCGCCACGGCCAUGUACACCAGCGCAUAGCGCCCACGCCGCCAAGCGAUUCGUGGCCGCCGACUUGUCAAAAGAAGAGAAGCGCAUGCUGCUGGAGAGCCUCGAAGAUCUGGGAAACGCUCGAUUUGGACGGGACUUUGCCCGCUACCUGGACCCCAAAACUGGGCGCCUCAUGACCGACGUCACGCACGUCAUCACCAAGGCGGCACAACCUCGACGGUGUACACGCAGCGUCAAGUACAUGCUUGGUCUCGCCCACCACUGCUGGAUCGUCGACUUUGGAUGGGUGGAGGCCAGUGCUGCCGCCGGCUACUGGGUCGACGAGACGCCGUUUGAGAUGGACGGCGAUGUCUUCUCGAGUGCUACGGGACAGCCACGCCGGUCUCGGCUCGCGCCACAGCCAAGUACGACGCACAUCUUUGCCAACAUGCAUUUCGUGCAGCUGUGUCCGACAACGUCGUUCGAGCCGCAGUCGGCCAUGCAGCUCGAACCGCUCGUCGUUGCGUUUGGUGGCACGUUCGAGGGCUUUGUCUUUGCCAAAGGUCUGCACGAGAAACCACAAGCAAGCGCGACGACGGUCGGGAUCGUGUCCAAGUCGCUCUCGCCAUCGACGUGCAAGGAGCUCUGGACGCAGUACAACAUGCCCAUCGUGCGCGUCACGUGGAUUCCGGACAGCAUUAGCAACCUGCAGGCGCUACCGUACGACGACUACUACCCGUACUGACGGCCAUAUAGCGCACGUGAUGACAACGAUAAAGAGUACAUUAGCUUCCACGGCUUCACGGCGUCGUCGCCCGCACCGGCAAGGCGCUCACGGGAACCUGCAUUUCAAAAAUGUCCAUCGAGCCCUCUUGCUUGACUAGAGUCGUAGGCGCAUGAGCAUAUAUCGUAUGCAGGAUAUGUAUGGAGAUGCGUACCGG